CCAACGGGGAGAGGAAAGCUCCGCCUCCUCCCUAGCAGGGUGUUGGUUUAAAAGUCUGCUGCACGGUUGCCUAUUACAUGAAAAGCAAGCUCACGUCAGUUUGCAAACAUGAGGUAUGCAGCUCUGAUACUGACCCUGUGCGCUCUGGUGCCAUUGGCUAAUACCGCCUGCUGGCGGACGGAACGGAAAGCUCAAGUUGUAAGGGGCAGCAAUGGAGAGCUAUACGUCAAAGACCCAGGCCAGGACCCUUGCCUAGAUCCAGUUGAUCAGGAGUCAUAUCCUGUUGGGUCCACAUGGAGAAGCAGCCAAUGCCAGCGGUGUACCUGCUCAAAGAGUGGAAUGGAGUGUUGUGACAUGAUGAAAAGGCCAGUGGGAUAUCCUGCAGACUGUGAAGUGCUGUAUGACUGGACGGAAUGCACCUACAAAUUAGUUAAAAAGAAUGGCCCAUGCAUUUGGGAUCCACGCAGUGAAGUAAUGGGGAAAUAAUGAGCUUCUACUGUACAUGAGUUUGUAUGAGUACAUUAUUUGUGUACCAUCUGAGGCCAUCAUGUGAUCAGCAUUAAUAAAACAAUAAAAAAACACGAGAGAAUG